UACCCUGCAUGCCUCGCGAGAUAGUGACAGUUCAGCUAGGGCAAUGCGGCAACCAAAUGGGAUCCGUAUUCUGGCAACGCCUCUGCGCCGAACAUGGUAUCAGCAAAGAAGGCAUUCUGGAAGAGUGGGCAACUGAAGGGGGCGACAGAAAAGAUGUGUUCUUCUACCAAGCAGAUGACGAACACUAUAUUCCUCGCGCCAUCCUGGUCGAUCUGGAGCCCCGCGUCAUCAAUAACAUCUUGUCCUCCCCGUUUGCCAAUCUAUAUAAUCCAGAGAAUAUCUUCGUUAGCAAGGAUGGUGGUGGUGCAGGCAAUAACUGGGCGCAUGGCUAUGCUGCCGGAGAGCGAAUAUAUGAAGAGGUCAUGGAGAUGGUUGACCGAGAGGCGGAGGGCAGCGAUUCAUUAGAGGGCUUUAUGCUCAUGCACUCCAUAGCAGGAGGGACUGGAUCUGGAUUGGGCUCUUUCCUCCUGGAACGGCUGAACGACAAAUUUCCGAAGAAGCUCAUUCAAACCUACUCGGUGUUCCCAAAUGCGCAAGAAGGAGAUGUAGUGGUUCAACCGUACAACUCACUCUUGACCUUAAAGCGCUUGACCAAUCAUGCCGACUCCGUCGUUGUCUUGGAUAACGGCGCCCUUGCUCGGAUUUCGGCGGAUCGUCUACAUGUCCAAACCCCCACAUUCGAUCAAACAAACCAGCUUGUCUCCACCGUUAUGGCAGCUAGCACGCAAACAUUGCGGUACCCGGGAUACAUGAAUAAUGAUCUCGUUGGUAUAAUCGCGUCUCUCAUUCCAACCCCGCGUUGUCACUUCCUCAUGACCUCAUAUACCCCCUUCACGAGUGACCAGAUUGACAAGGCCAAGCCGAUUAGACGGACAACUGUGUUGGACGUCAUGCGUCGACUCCUCCAGCCGAAGAACCGGAUGGUAUUAACCACACCCAGCAAGACAGCUUGCUACAUAUCCAUCCUCAAUAUCAUCCAAGGCGAGGUUGAAUCAAACGACGUACACCAAUCCCUGUUACGGAUACGCGAGCGUCAGCUGGCAAAUUUCAUCCCAUGGGGUCCAGCGUCAAUCCAAGUGGCUCUAACGCGCAGAUCUCCAUACGUUGCAACAAGUCAUCGAGUCAGUGGCUUGAUGCUGGCUAACCACACCAGUAUUGCCUCUCUUUUUAAACGCAUGUUAGAUCAAUACGAUCGACUGAGGAAACGCAACGCAUUCUUGGACCAGUAUAAGAAAGAGAGGGUGUUUGAAAAUGGGCUCGACGAGUUUGAUGAUGCACGUGCCACGGCGGAGGAGCUCCUCAAAGAAUACAAGGCUUGCGAAAGCCCCGAUUACAUUGCCUAUGGCACGCCAAACGAUGACCAGGCGUCAUAG